UUUUGUGCAAUGACGAAGGGCGAAGUAAAAGUAAAGCAAUGAAGUCUUUGGUUUGUACAAUCGAUGUUGAAUAUUAACUGUAAGCAGCACACGACAGCCAACUGAAUUGGCUUUAGCGCGCAUGCUAAAUAAGGACUUUCCCGAGGUUCUAUAUUUGGCCUCUUUUGCAAACAGAGGUCCUUGUGAAUAGACCCAUCGUCUUUCUAAUGCAAAGCAAAAAUAUCGAUCCGUGCUGAGUCAACACGAAAACGCGAGAUUAUGACGGGGUUCACGCAUGACAUCACUUGGGCAACAUUUUACCAUGGAUGAUAUUCUGUGGCUUACAUGAAUGGUGCCAUUGCGUAGCACCGCCUCGCUGCUUUAUCAAGGGGGAAAAGGCAUGGGUGCCAGGACUUUAUGUGACCUGAAAAGUUGUUCAAACAAAUCGUCGCACAGACCAGUGUAUUGAUGACGUCACGCUUUGAUUACACAUGAAACACGCGGACAGUGAUCAGUUCGACCGAGAAGCCCUGGCACGGACGGGCCUAGGCCUGUCCUAUACUGCAGACGCCGCGUACCGGUAUGUCACAGCACAGAGCCCGUUCGCAUUGCAACUGUUUUGGAAGGAGACACCGUCGCGUUGUGAGCCAACAGGGACUAUGCAAGGGCACGACUGUUGACCCCGUAUGGAGUACAUACAUGUAUAUCUAUAAUUGUAACUGCCACUGAAGGGAGGAACUAAACUGAGCAAGCACGUUUCAUGAUGCACUUCCAUGGAAUAUUGGUUCUACGGCAUCUGUGGACUGAAGUGCUCUGAACACUGGCCGAGGCCUAACAGGUGCAACCCAACUGCAUAGAUUGGUUGGAAGGUGCAUGUUCUUCUUCAUGUUAGACAGAUUGUAUGCAUGUGAGCUUCGAGAAUUCCACAUAAUACAGACUUGACAGGAGCUAACUGGAAAACUGAUAUAACCUUCCUGUUCUUUUUGCAUUUGUGGUUGAUCGGUGGAUAUCUGCCAUUGAGAUCAUUGGUGGUCCCUAAAUAAUUUAAUUGUCAUCUGCGGAUGUUGCGCAUAUGUGAGUUAUCGGUGCGUCCUUGUGACACCCGGACAUUGGAGCCUGUAAAUAAUAUCGUCCCAUGUGUCCUUGUCAAGUCUUCGCGGACUGUUUACCCACAGUCCUCAACGAGUUAACACGUAGAAUGCUUCAACGUACUGUACACGGACGAAGUAUAACAGAACAAAAAUAGCGAGGGCACCCUUGCCGAGUUUUUGGACUCCUUAACCCCGAGUUCAACAGGUUGUUAGGCAGUGUUACAGGGCGAUUUACUUCUCCGCAACAGGAAUUGAUCGCAGAUCGAUUUUACCUUUAUGUGCUUUCAGUUUCUGUUGAGGUGAACUUGGAAGUACACUGUCUGGCCUAAUCAGUCUCAUUCGUGUUUCGUUUGCGCGGAAGCAACCGAUACCCGGAAGAAAACGAUGCGUUGACAAACAAAGACUGCCGUAUACCUUCUUACUGAGGACACCCAGGUACUGUAUCUGGAGUCACCCCUGUAUUUUGUGAAGACUUCAACACCGUAAUUUUGUGGGCGUCAAAAGCUGCGCCAAAAAGCUUUGCGAAAACCACCCAAGUUUUGUGGACUUGGAUUUUAUAUUCAGCUUCUCGACACAAACACCCGUAAAUAUGGAUGAGGAAGGUGUGACGGACACAGUGAUGGAUAAUUCGACAGAGAGCCCAACGUUCGAGUUCAGCGACUAUACCCAGCGAGUUUUAGUCGCCACCAUGUUUCUCUCCGCCUUCGUCGUAGGAACGGUCGGCAACUCGGUGGUCCUCCUGGCCGUGCUCUUGUCCAAAAAGCUCCGCACGACCACCAACGCCUUCGUGGUGAGCCUGAGCAUCGCGGACCUGCUGACCUGUCUGGUCAUCCCGUGGGACGCCAUAGCCUUGCUCGGGAGGGAUGGCUUGCCAGUUGGCGAGUGGGUUUGCAAAGUGGUCGCCAUUGCACAGGCCACAACGGUUGGCUGCAGUCUGUACAUGCUGGCGUCUAUCGGCCUGAAUCGCUUGCUCCUCAUUACCCGAGCCUCGACCACCUACCGAGUUAUCUACACGCCGAGGAAGAUCGCAGUUUGGUUGAUACUUGCUUGGCUUCUCCCACUGCUCAUUGUCUUGUUACCGCCAGUCCUGGACGUGGGUGCCGUCGGUUUUAACCCAAAGUACCACAUUUGCGGUUCCAUCUCAUCCCACCCUCGCUCCAAUAACUACGAUCUCAUCAUUGCGGGGACCUUGUACCCUGUCCCCCUCGUUACUAUUAUCAUCUGUUAUAUUCUCAUCUGGAGGCACCUGUAUCUCCACGCCAAGAAGAUGGUGGGGUCGCCAGAGGCUUCCAUUGAUUCAACAGAUAACCGGCUCUCUGUGGUGUCGAAAUCGGUGGUCACUAUCAACAGCAUCCAUUCCCACCACCUGCCCCAAUCCCCGACCCGGUCCAGGACCGUCAGUCGCUCCAGGAUGAGCCGCCGCCAGACAGAGAUCACCAAGAACAUGUUCUACAUCGUCUGCGCCUUCAUGCUGUGCCUGACCCCCUACGCCAUCUGUCUCUUCUUCGACGACAGCGACCCCGCCCUGCCCUACGCUGCCGCCAUCUUGUUCAUCAACAGCUGCGUCAAUCCGUUCAUCUAUGCCACCAAGCACCCGCACUUCAAGACGGUCUUCGGUUGCAUCUUUCGCCGUCAGUGGGACCACAUCCCGGAUCCCUCGGACACUCUCAAGACUUUACGGAAGAGAACUUGUUGUGGGAGGAGUGGGUUGUAUGCAUGAACGUGCAUAAACGAACAAACAUUUACAGACUGUUGGCAUUCACAAGCGAUGCUUCAGUACGUGUGUUAGUAUAUUUUCCAAUAAUAAUGUGGACAUGCUGAAUGUAAAUGAACAGAACAGACCAGUUGGAUCCCGACCAGCAUGCAGCUUUCAAAGCCAUUGCCGUAGAUUCAAAAAUCGUUUUAUCCGUCACGAAGAGCGGGGCGUUUUCAAUAUGCUAAACAGCUUUGUGUAUCGAAAAUAAUAAAAAGUAUUAUGAUAUGAUAUGUUACGUGAAAAUAAGCAAAUAAGUUUAGUAUGAUAUAUUUACAUUGCAUAUUUAAAAAAAGUAAAACAAUAGAGUUUAAGACUCCUAACGCCAAGGGGAUCCCCCGUUUGGAGAUUACGUGUGAUACUAUUAUGUGAUCCGGUAAUCGUUAGAUAAACAAGGCUCCCAAGCCCCCAGUACCUUCACAUUUAUAGAACUUGAUGCAAUCAAUGUCAUCAGUACUUCUCAAACUAAGGGCAAGUUCGAUCAGCGACAGAUUUUGACUGGUAACUUAGGCAUGAAGUGUGAACGGGGCACCAGGCAAAAUCGACCAGUGGUUAACGUAAUUGUCGCUGAUCGAACUUCCCUAAUCUGAGUAAGCAUCUGGUAUGCGAGUAAUACUUUAAACGGUCUAUAUGGAGUCGUAGACCUGACCUAUUCGAAAUAAGCUUGCAUUGUCUGUAGAGCCAUAGUCCUUUGACCAGAUCUUUUUUCUGUGGGCCUUGUUGCUUGGAGUGAUCGCGGAAAGAGAUUAAUCAUACGAGUACAGAAUACUGCCCCCUCUAAAAUGUCUGUUGGCAGUAUGAUUGAUAAAUGACGUAGGCUGUGAGUUUUUUUUUUAAUUUAAUCUCACGUGCUUCUGGCCAUUCAGGUAUGUGCCCCCGAAAACGAAAGCACUCAGAAUUGAGUUUGUGCCACGUAGGCCCUAUCAGUUUACAUGGUUUACUCCUCGGAGUGUUCCAGUGCAUAGCCCUCUCAGUAUGUCCUGUGUACCAAGUUGCAAAGGUGAAAUAAGCGCUUUGUUUUAUAUAGACUAGAAAGUGGCGCAUACUUAAUCUUGAUUGCCUGUGUUUUCUGGGGCAUUAUCUCUGGUUUGCCUAAAGCAAAUAAGGUGAAAUUUAAAAAAGAUCAACCUAAUUAAUUUUCUUCGAAACUGUAUUACUUGUAACAUGGAGGAAGAUACCGCUUGUUGACAUUUUAUGCUUAAAAUAGGCAGUGCCUGUACUUGCAACCUUUUGAGGGAGGGGCCACUAUACCAGGUUGAAACUGACUAUCCAGCGUACAAAUAUAGACAUGUUUAGCCUCGA